CGUGCCUCGGCAGGAGGAGGCUCUGGCCAGGGUUCUAGGCGCAUGCAUACUUGUUGUAGGCAUUUGCUCCUUCACAGUUGUCAUUCUGCUUAUACAGCAGUUCCAGCGCGCAAACGCCAUACGUGAUACUCCGGGCGUGGUCGCUGUUUCCUCUUGCCAAGCAUGUACACCAACUGAAAGUAUCGCUCAAUGCCAGCUUUCUAAGGGUGGUUCGCUCCGGCAACGGCCAGAGCGCGACCAUGCCCAUCGUGCUGCGCAUGGCAGUAUGCCAAAUCGCCAAUCCUUCCAAGCUGACCAUGUCAGCCCACUUCAACCCAUUCCUUCUAUCGAUAACGGCUGUACUGUUUCCGCUCCUAAACAGCGGGUCUCUGCCGUCAACUCGGCGAAGUCGUCAAUCCCGCCCGAAGUACUUCUGGCCACAGGCCCCUCUCCUGCUGCAAUGGAUCGCACCUUCAGCUCCUGUCGCCAAAGUAUUAGCAGUACUGCCAGCGAUCGGGCCUUAGCGACCGGCUCCCGUGAAGUGGACCUUUCACUACUCAGCCGCAUUGACCAAGCGCUGUCCAGCGGCGUGAUGCGGCCCGACCAAGCCUCUCAGCUGCUCAAGUCUUUUGGAUGUGACCUGGAGGAGCUCCUGAAGGAGGAACUGGAGGGAAAGGCUUCCUCUCGCAGCAGCAGCAGCAUCCCCUUUCCAGGCGCCAGCCGGCUCCACAGCGGCCCCGCCAGCGGCCACCUCGAUAGCCCUGACCUCGGCAACCGCGGCUGCGAAGGCAGCGGCUCCCGCGGUGGCAGCAUGGCCAACAGCCGAGGCAUUGUCGGCAGUCUUUCACCCAGCAGCAACAGCGAUAACAUCGCACGCCGCCGAGACCUGCGGUACUUUUCGUACAACGGCAAAGAUCCCCAGGAGGCGAGGGAUCUGCGGUUCUACAAUCGGUACGACACGGACCUAAUGCUGACGUCAUCACCGCGCUCUGCUUAUGCCUCUGCGUCGCAAUCCGCCGCCGUUGGCGGAGGCGGCAACACCAGCAAUACCACCACCUCGCGGCCUCCCUCGACGGGUCAGCUUGCUCUGGAUGAUGCACUUUUGCUGAAGAUUGACCAAGCGUUGACCAGCGGCGUGAUGCGGCCUGAUCAGGCAACCCAGCUGCUCAAGUCGUAUGGAUGCGACCUGGAGGAUCUCCUUGAGGAGGACUUUGGCGAGGCAGGACUCCGCAGGAGCGACAACGGCGCGGUGGAACCGUAGGUAGCCUAGGACAGCGCACAGAGCCGUCACGGCGGAUCAGGAUCCACUUUAAACGAUAUCAUCGCAAAUGCAGGGAUGGCGGGGGUCUGAAGUGUCGUUUUAUUGCACUGGGGUGGUUGUAUGUGUGCCAGUCUCGUACGCAGGCUGUAGCACACGCUGCGUUGGGGUUGCUUCGGCGCGCGGUGCAUUGAGGCGCACUGUUUAGGGUUGUAAUGGGUGUGUUGCAAGGUAUUAGGAUGCUUCAUGGUUAUGCUGGGCUGGCGAGGGGCGGUGAUGAUGGUUGUUGUUGGUGGUGGUAAUGGUGGUUGGUGCGAAGGUGGAAAUGGUCAAGAAAGGUGGUAAAGAUUAUCUUGAAUGUGGUGGUGGUGGUGAUGGUGCGUUAAUGAAGGUGGUGGUGGUGUUGCUAGUUUACGACGGUGCAAGCUGGUUAAUGGGUUGGUGUUGGGUGUCGGUGUGGUGAGGCAUGGUGCGUGCGGUGCGUAUGCGGCCAGGACGACUGUGGAGAAGGCGAGCUAAGAAAGCGAGGAAGGGCUGCAACACUAAGGGUUUUGGUAUUGUGGGG